UAAAUAUAUAUAUAUAUAUAUAUAUAUAUAUAUAUAUAUAUAUAUAUAUAAACAAUAAUGGAGUUAGUUCAUGGCACAUUACAUGGGUUCAUACUACAUAAUAUCAGUGCCACUGUGUCAAACAAACUUGCCAAAAGUUAGAUGGGAAAAGGGGAGGAGAAAUGCCUGAUCCAUAAUGACCCGGCCAAACCCCAAACCUUAAAUGUGCUUGGUACACCACAAGGCAAGCUCUGAGAUGCUCAGUGAGAAGGGGCAGAAGAUACAGUCUGCUUGGUCUACGUGACAAUUUUAAUAACCAGAUGCUGAAUGACUUUGAAUGGUGAUUAAAUAAUGGCCUUGUUUUGACGCGCCUUUUCCUGGGCUUAUUUUACAGAGAUUGGCAAUCAAGGCAGCACCUGUUGCUUUGAAUCUACAGCAGGGACGCUGAAUAUCACAUACUAUUAAAUCACAGGACAUCAGUUUUUUCAAAAUCAAGUUCUUUGCUCUGAAACAGAGGUGCAGUCGUGAUGUCUACGGGUUCGGUGAGUGAUCCUGAAGACCUCCAGGAGCUGUCAAUCACUCACAUGGACACUCGUUCUCUGGAAGACUCAGAAGAUGAGUUUAGUAUCAAUGACAGUUUGAAAGCAAAGACCAAACAACCUCGAGCUGGUGCCAGCAACAACAAGCAACAAAUGAAGAUGGCAAAGGAUGGCAGACAGUCUCAGAGAAACGCAGCAAAUGCCAGAGAGAGAGCACGCAUGAGAGUUCUGAGUAAAGCUUUCUCUCGGCUGAAGACCAGCCUGCCGUGGGUACCAGCAGACACCAAACUGUCAAAGCUGGACACGCUGCGUCUGGCAUCCAGCUAUAUAUCUCACCUCAGACAGCUCUUACAAGAGGACAGAUACCAGAACAGCUUUGUGCAUCCUGUAAACUUGACCUGGCCUUUUGUGGUCUCGGCACGAUCAGAGGACACCAAAGACAUUUCAACAGCGGUCAGACUAUGUGGAGCUACAGCAUAAACAUCUGGCACCUCUCUGUCUUUUAUCCCCCUCCAUCUCUCUCUUUACUGUCUGUGCUCAUGCACUUCCUUUGAACUUACAUCAAUGGACAUUAUGCAAUGAACGCAACUGCAUGUGGGACGUACCUGUAGUUAAACAGCAAAGUCAUUGCACACAAAUCUGUUUUUAUAGCGUGAUUGUUAUGUUUAUUUAGCAAAUAUAAGCAGAUAUUACUAUGUGUUUGAUUAUUUUGCUGUCUGUAUGUAGCUUAAAUGUAACUUUUAAAGAAAAAAGAACAAAUUGCAUGACCAGAAGCACAGAAAAUCGCUUUUAUUGUUUUAAAGCGCUUGUAAUUUUUCUAACCAUCCAGCAGACAUUUAAAAAUCUGAUUUUGAUAGGAUGUUUUCAAUCUGUGGAAACAGCUUCAGUUUGUUUAGAGUUUUAUUUUUCACUAAGCAGCAGCAUCAAGUAUGUAAUUAAAGGAUUAGUUCACAUUCAAAUUAAAAUUUCCUGAUAAUUUAC